UCUGUGCUGCUCUGAUGCUCACCCACACACCCACAGCUGUUCAGCCUGGCUAGUCCCACAGAGAGAGAAGCAGAGAGGCAGUGUGUCUCCAAGCCUCUAGAAAACAGAAUCAGAUCCUUCUCACGAGCCUCUGUGUCCACUGCUACUCCACUGACUGACACAGAGCUAUACUCUACCAGCGGAGGUGCUGUGAGCGGCUGGAGGUCGUCAUGGCAACCCAGAGACAUGUACCCAGUGACAGUCUGGCUAGAACAUUCAGGUCCUGUGCCAGAAACCCUAGUGAGGUCAUCUCCACUAGACUGAGAAACAUGCUCCACACCUUCAUCCAGCACUACCAGGAACCAUGGGAAGAGAACCGCAGCCUAGACAGAGAGAGAGGAGUGAAGUUCUCCAGCCAGACAGAGGCUUUGUACUACAGGGUUCUAGAGGCUGUCAUCAAUCAGGAGAGGAAGAGGCUGGGAUACAAAGACCUUUCAGGCAUUCUGGAGCAUGAUCUGUUCCAGCGCUCUCUAGUGGCCUGUUGUCUGGAGAUGGUAAUCUUCUCCCAUCAGCCACCAGGCAGCUUCCCCCUGGUCAUUGACAUCUUUAGCCUAGCGCCAUACGACUUCUACAAGGUGAUAGAGCUGGUGCUGCGGGCUGAGGAGGGCUUGCUGCCGGGUGUGGUCAGGCAUCUGACCCAUAUAGAGGAGCAGGUCCUGGAGAGUCUGGCCUGGAGGAGAGACUCACCACUCUGGGACCAGAUCAGAGCUGCUAAGGGUCAGGGACAGCUGCCUGCAUACCAUCAGGUGAUGCUCCCCCAAUACUUAGAGGACACAGACAAGAUGGCCAAGAUCCCUCCCAACCCUUCACACUUGACCCCAAGCCUUGUGAAUGGGAUCCAUGGAAUUGACCUGAACUCCCCGAUUACCCACCAUGAACGCUACAGCUCACCCCCUGCUGGCUCAAAGAUGGCCGCUUGCCCUACCACACCAGUCAGCCCAUCCCAGUCCUCCUCUGUCAUUGUUACUGGACAGACUGUAGUCACCAUGGCAUCAGCCACUGUCACCACCAACAAUGGCCAGUCAGUCAGCAUACCGGUUCGAGGCAUUGCCAACGACCGGGGAGCCAUCACAUUUACCCUCAGUGUUGUAGGUCAGCCCAUUCCUCCACAGCAAGUCUCCAGCACCUCUACCCAGCAGCCCCAGAACCCUCUACCCUCUACCCAGAGUAAGGGCUCCAUCUCACUGUUCCUCCGCAAGGUCUACCACCUGGUGAGCAUGCGUCUGAGGGACAUCUGUGUUAAACUGGACAUCUGUGAGGCGCUGCGGCUGAAGAUCUGGACCUGCGUUGAACACUCCUUGGUCCACUGCACUGACCUCAUGCUAGACCGACACCUGGACCAAAUACUCAUGUGUGCCAUCUAUGUCAUGGCCAAGGUAACCAAAGUGGACAUGCCCUUCAAGCUCAUCAUGCAGUGCUACAAGACUCAGCCUCAAGCAAGCAACUGUUCUGUAUUGUCCUUCUGUCAGGUAUUCAGAAGUGUUCUGAUCUCAGGGAGAAACACCAAGACCUCACAAAACUCUCCUGGAGGAUCCAACAGAGAAAACAAAGAUGUAGACCCCAGCAGUAGCUUGCUUACCUACCAGAGCCCUCCCACCCAUCCUACAGGACCCAGAGCUCCCUGUAGACCGGACCAGGAGGAGAGAGGACACCUCAUCUAUUUCUACAACACCGUCUAUGUCAAACAGAUGAAGGACUUUGCCCUGCGCUACACCUCCAGCUCUCUGACCAUAGCCGGGGUUGAAACCCCUCCCCUUUCGCCAUACCCCUUCCAGAGUGUUGGAUCCUUGCGCAGACUCCGCCCCUCCAACCACCAUUCCCUCUACAUCUCCCCCCACAAGCCCAGCACACACCCCUCCCCCCGCACUGGGUUCCUCUACUACGUCAGCAGAAGCCCCUCAAAGCGUCUGAGAGAGAUCAAUGACAUGAUGAGGACAUUUCAGUCACGCACCAGGAAGCGCUGUGCAGCCCAGCUGCAGGAGGACGGUGAGGAGGAGGGUGGGCCGCUUGUGAAGAGGCCCUGUCAGGAUAGACCGUCAGAUUGGCAGAGAAAGCUCAGGGACCUCGGCCAGGACUUCAACCAGGCACUGACCAGGGCCCAGAACCAGCAACAAUCCCAGACCAGGGCCAAGGCACAGCACCAAGCAACAGCACACAAGGGGACACAUUGAUGACAUCUCACUUUCGUUGACUUACCGUCAUGCUUCAUACUUCCAUCAUCAGUGUCUGUGGUCCAUAUUCUUCCAAUGAGUGUAGACCUGCAAGGAGAAUGGAUGAUGUGGAUCUACAAUGUUAGAAAGAAUUGGCAUCAUUAGCACUCAGUGAAGUUCUCUUAGCAAGCAAUGUUCAUGAUUAGAAAAGCUGAUUUGUAAUAAUAAUUAGGGUAUUGUAAUAAUCUGAGGGUAACUAGGGCUCUGUAUCAAAUAUCAUAUUAUACAUAUCAUAUGCAGUAUAUAUUUCAACAUUUUAGUCCUCUGUGAACCAUGUCCUAGUUACCUAAGGAAGCAGUAAAGGAUUUGUGUUGAUACUGA